CAGGGGUUCAACUCCACACCUUGUGUCCUCUGAACGCUGCCAUCCACGCCCACGACUUUCACCUUGUACGAUACCAAUCUUUCGACUUCAGCUACGCGCAGGUUCUUACAAUACGAGUCCAACUAGUCUUGGAUUCUUUGAUCUGGCUUCUACGAAUUCCACGAUGACGUCCUCCUUAUUACAUCCUCCGGCGCAUCUACCACCUACGGUAGCUUUGCAAUUGUCUCAGCAAGCUCCAGCAUUGCUUCGUAGCACGCCUUCCGCCAUCUCUCCCUACUCAAUUAGUUCUCUAUGGUCGGCUGCGGAAUCACCGGAGUUGUGGACAACCUACGAAAACCUCAUGCUUUCCUGUCUGCGGACUGGCGAUGAGCAAUCGGCCCAUCUAUGUUUGCAAAGAUUGACGGAACGUUUCGGCGCGGACAAUGAACGGCUGAUGGCAUUGAGAGGACUGUUCCAGGAAGCUACAGCGGAAGAUGACGCGGCGUUGAAGAAGGUGCUGGAGGAGUACGAGAAAAUAUUGGCCCAGGACUCGAGCAAUAUGGUGUGUGCCCCCCACGAGCUGUUGUGUUAAUCAAAAGGCUUGCUAACUCGGUCAGCCUGUCACCAAGCGUCGAAUCGCCCUCCUCCAAAUUCUCAAAAAGAUCCCUGAAUCUAUCACGGCUCUUAAUGAGCUGCUCGAUGCCUCCCCAACAGAUGCCGAAGCAUGGGCAGAGCUGUCAGAUUUAUAUUUGUCACAGGGAAUGUACUCCCAAGCUGUCUUUGCAUUGGAAGAGGUGCUGCUGAUCACUCCAUAUGCCUGGAACGUUAGUAUUUAUCCAAUUAUCGUUUUGUUGCAUGUUCAAUCGCUGACCGAAUUUAGAUGCAUGCUCGGCUGGGCGAAGUCUUGUACGUGGCGGCUUCCAGCAACGAGGGCGGAGCUGAUAGGAGUCUUUCGGAAUCUAUGCGACGAUUCUGUAGGAGUAUUGAAUUGUGCGAUGAUUAUCUCCGAGGUUAUUAUGGUUUGAAGUUGGUACGUAUAUGGAAUACGACGUAGUUUCGUUUUGUGGAUACUAACCAAUCAUAGACCACCAGUCGGCUACUGACCAUGCUCUCGCAAGGUUCUCGUCAAUCAAAGACAGAUACUGGACUUCCUCCCCCAGAUCUCAAGACAGUGGAAAGCCUGAAUGAGUUGGCGACAUCCAAAUUGUCUGAGAUAGUUCGAAGAAAUGCCAGUGGGGAAAGUGGAUGGGGAGGAUACGACCAAUCUGACAUUAUUGCCGCUCAAGAAUUGCUCAAUCGAGACUCAACACCAAUCACACGAUAA